CAUUCCUCUGCACAGCGAUCAGAGUUCACGAAGAACAGGACAACGUUUCCUCCACAUGCUGUAUCUGAUGAAGUGCGUUUAACAGUCGAGUAUUUACAUACGUACAUUGCGAAGAAAAUGCGAAUAAAGAAAGGAAAAGAGAAGAAAACCCUUCCUGAAGACCCAGUUAAGAAUUUUGAGAAAUGGAGAAAAAAGCAUGACAAAAGCAGGAAAAAGACUAAAAGGCCGAGGAAGAAACGCGAGUGGGAGAUAGAAAGAGAAAUCAUACAGAAGCUGGUCGCCAAAUACGCAGAGAUAAAUCCAAAAGAAGCUGUUAAGUUCUCUGACUUUCCACUCUCAAAGAAGACCGUGAAAGGCCUGUUAGAGGCUCAGUAUCGGCAGCCCACGGAAAUCCAGAGACAGACCAUCGGCUUUGCUCUGCAGGGAAAAGAUGUCUUGGGUGCUGCAAAGACCGGCUCGGGGAAAACUCUUGCGUUCCUCAUUCCUGUGCUGGAGUGCCUGUACCGUAACCAGUGGACAGCCAUGGACGGUCUCGGUGCUCUUAUAAUCUCUCCCACUCGAGAGCUCGCUUAUCAGACAUUCGAGGUUCUGAGGAAAGUUGGGAAGAACCAUGAAUUCUCAGCUGGACUUGUUAUUGGUGGAAAGGACCUCAAGGACGAGUCUCUGAAGAUUCAUCGUACCAACAUCGUCAUCUGCACACCAGGACGUCUACUGCAGCACAUGGACCAAAAUUCCAGCUUCCACGCCUCUGACCUGCACAUGCUCGUGUUGGAUGAAGCUGACAGAAUUUUAGACAUGGGCUUUGCCGACACACUCAACGCCAUUGUGGAGAACCUUCCAAAAACCAGACAGACGCUGCUCUUCUCCGCCACACAGACCAAGUCUGUUAAAGACUUGGCCAGACUCAGCCUGAAGAACCCCGAGUAUGUGUGGGUUCAUGAGCAGGCUAAAUUCAGCACUCCGGCUACUCUGGAGCAGAGCUACGUAGUGUGCGAGCUGCACGAGAAGAUCAACAUGCUCUUCUCUUUCUUGAGGAGUCACCUGCAGAAGAAGAUUAUUGUCUUUUUUGCUUGCUGCAAAGAGGUGCAGUACCUGUUCCGUGUGUUCUGCCGGCUCCGGCCCGGUAUCUCUGUUUUGGCCCUCCACGGAAAGCAGCCGCAGAUGAAGAGGGUGGAGGUCUACAAUGACUUUGUCCGCAAGAAAGCUGCUGUCCUUUUUGCCACAGAUAUCGCUGCAAGAGGACUUGAUUUUCCUGCUGUGAACUGGGUGCUUCAGUUUGACUGCCCAGAGGACGCCAACACAUACAUCCACAGAGUCGGCAGGACAGCCAGGUAUAAGGAGGGAGGAGAAGCCUUGCUUAUACUUCUGCCCUCAGAGGAGAAGGGCAUGAUUACUCAGCUUCAGGAGAAAAAAGUCCCCAUCAACAAAAUCCAGGUGAACCCAGAGAAGCUGACGUGUGUGCGGCAGAAGCUGGAGGCCUUCCUGGCCCAGGAGAAGGAGCAGAAGGAGAGAGCUCAGAGGUGUUUUGUGUCUUACCUUCGCUCCAUCUUUCUGAUGAAGAACAAAGACGUCUUUGAUGUGUUUCAGCUGAAGCUCCCAGAAUACGCCACGUCUCUGGGUCUGGCUGUUCCCCCACGGGUGCGUUUUCUAAAUAAAGCCCAGAAACCAAAGGACGAAGUGACUCGGGAGAUCAGCACUGCAGCUGACUCUGAUGAGGAGCUAAAGAGCUUUAAAGCCCAGUUCAGAAAAGACCGAAGCAGCAAUCCUGACUCUGAGUCUGAAGAGGAGGAGAGUGAAGAGGAAGAAGAGCAGGUGAAGUCUAGAGCCCAGCUCUGCAGUGAUGAUGAGGAUGAGGAUGAAGAUAUGAAGGAUCUGGACCUGCUGACAGUAAAACGCAAAGAUGUGUUUAAUGUCAAUGAAGACAAAGAGGAGGAAAAGGAUCUCAAGGCCAAGAGCAAGACUGUGUCCAAGUUUAAGGAAGCCAAGAAAACUCUGAAGAGAAACUUUAAGGUGAACACCAAGAAGAUCUUCACUGAGGAUGGAGAGGAGGUGCAGCAGUGGCCCCCGCUACCAAACACCGUAAUGCCAGAUGAUGAGGAAGACGACGAGGAAACGACAGGCUUUGACGUGGAAGCGGCAAAAGAGCGACUUCGCAAGGAGGACCAAGAGUUUGACAAGAAAGAAUACAGCAGGAAGAUUAAAGAGAAACACCGGGAACAGAGGCUGAAGGAGAAGGCCGCAAGAAGAGAAGCAAGCAAAUGGGCUAAAGAGGAGAAGGAGAAGAAGAAGGCUGGCAUUGGGGAUGGAGAUGAAGAUGAGGAGGAGGAGGUGGUGGCAUACCUGUCAGGUGCUGAUGAUGAAGAGUUUGACCCCAGUACCCUACCCGACCCUGAUAAAGUGCGCAAUUCAGAGGAUGAAGAUGAAGAAAGCAGUGAUGGCCCUGAGUGUGGGGGGAGGAAGAGGAGCCACAGCAGUAGUGAAGACGACGAAGAUGAUGAUGAUGGUGAUGAUAACGGACACUGGGGGACAGGGAGGAAAAAGGCCAAGCAGCACAGCUCAGAACCUGAGCUUCUGGACACUGGUCUCUCUCUGGCGGAGGAUGAGGAGUUGGUGCUGCAUUUGCUGGGAGGCCAGAGUUAGUUCAUUUCCACUGAACGCUGGACCUCGUGACUGUGACCACAGCCUCCCUCAACUCACAGUUCUCAUGUAAUGGACUCCAAUUAUGUUCUAUUCCUCUCAUGCUGUCUACAUUCUGGGAUUAGAUUUUGUUUUGUGAAAUAAAAUUAACAGUGCUUAUAA